AUGUCCGACCCGAAGAGACAAUCUAUAGAGCCUGGUCCCUCUGCCUCGAACACCGCCAGGAAUCAACUUCACACCAAACAAGAGGCUGAGGUUCCAACUGAGCCUCAGGAACAGAAUAUAACCGGCAUGCGACUGGCUUUGAUUAUCGCCGCCAUAAUCAGUGCCAUAUUUCUAGUCGCACUUGACCGAACCAUCAUCGCAACAGCCGUUCCCAAAAUCUCCGAUCAAUUCCAUGCUAUCAGCGAUAUUAGCUGGUAUGCCAGCUCCUACCUCCUGACUAGCAGUGCAACCCAACUCCUCUGGGGCAGACUCUAUACAUUCUAUUCGACCAAGAUACUGUUUUUGGCAGCGGUGGUCGUCUUCGAGGUUGGCUCUGCUGUAUGCGGUGCCGCCCCAACUUCUAAAGCAUUCAUUAUCGGACGCGCUAUUGCUGGAAUUGGAUCCGCGGGUAUCCAGAACGGGUCGACGGUCAUCAUUACACAGGUGCUACCAUUGCAUAAACGGCCACUGUUUAUUGGACUGAUGGGCUCAACGUUUGGCAUCUCCGCGAUUAUCGGACCUCUGCUGGGUGGCGCUUUUACAGAUCAAGUUACCUGGAGAUGGUGCUUUUAUAUCAACCUCCCAAUCGGCGGUCUCACUCUGCUGAUUAUCUUCUUCUUCCUUCGCGCACUAUCAGUCUCUUCAACCGCAACAUUAAAACGCCAAUUGAUACGCCUUGAUCCUCUGGGCACCGUCUUGUUUCUGCCCGGCGUCAUCUGCUUCCUCUUGGCUCUGCAAUGGGCGGGGACCACUUACAGCUGGGACAACGGUCGCAUCAUCGCCCUUUUCGUUCUCGCAGGAGUCCUUCUCAUUACAUUCUGGAUUAUUCAAAUCUGGCGCAAAGAGGAUGCAACCAUCCCACCUCGUAUCAUCAAGCAACGCAGUAUUGCCUGUGGCGCCGCCUACACCUCCUGUAUCUAUGGAUCCAUGGUCGCCAUGCUCUACGCUUUACCACUCUGGUUCCAGGGCGUAAAAAACACCAGCGCAGUACAGUCUGGCAUCGAUAAUAUCCCCAUGGUCCUUGCACUUGUCGUCGCCAGUAUCAUCUGCGGCAAAGCUAUUGCAGGCAUUGGACACUACGUCCCCUUCAUGUUCGUCGCGGCCGCAUUGAUGGCCGUCGGCGCGGGCCUGAUCACUACUUUUAAAGUCGACACCGGCCACGCAGCCUGGAUCGGAUACCAGGUACUUUUUGGUCUCGGUUUGGGCUGUGGUAUGCAACAGCCAAUGAUGGCUGCUCAGACUGUAUUAGCCCAGGCAGAUGUCUCCAUCGGCGUCGCUUUGAUGUUCUUGUUCCAGUCCCUUGGUGGAGCAAUCUGGGUUACCGUCAGCCAGAAUCUCUACACCAAUUAUCUCGUCAAAAUGCUGCCCGGCGUAUCUGGUAUCGAUUCCAGCACAAUUCUGCGGGCUGGUGCGACCGGUCUUCAAGAUACAGUUCCGAAAGACAAGCUCGAUGCCGUACUUUUAGUCUACAAUGCGGCGCUUCACAGGGCAUUCUUCGUGCCCGUGGCACUCGCUUGCGUGACGAUACUACCAGCGCUAGGAAUGGAAUGGCGCAACAUCAAAAAUGAGUCGGAAAAAAGAGAAAAGGCAAAGCUUGUCGGUACACUAAAUGAGGAUAUGCCGAGGGGAGAAGAGAAGAUCAGAGCAGAUGAAAGGGAUGCUUAA